AGUGUGAGCCAAGCUCUGCCCACUCGCCCUGCUGGAGCGGAGGGCCCAGCCCAGCGCAGCCAGGGCUUAAGGAUCACAGGAGACCCUUCCCCCGAGCUCUGGGCUGUCCAUGCCAGUCAGCCCCAUUUCAUGGCCUUGGGAACUCGGUGUUCCUGACAAGAAAGGGGGUGGCUGGCUUUUCUCCAGCUCUGGUCUCCAAGGUAGAGGCCCUGAAGGAACAGGCUGGCUAAACAGCCAGCAUUUCCAUGUUCUGGAACCAUCUCUCCUCAGAAUGGAGCCUUGUGGACUUCUGAGAGUCCUGGUGCUCUUCAUCCUCUUCGUGAAUGUCCAGGGACCUGGUCUAAGUGACCGGUUCUUUCCCAAAAAAUGUCCCAGAAUCAGAGAGCAAUGUGAAUUCAGAGAGAGGGACCUGUGUACCAAAGACAGGCAGUGCCCGCACAACCAGAAGUGCUGCGUCUUCAACUGCGGGAAAAAGUGCAUUGACCUCCAACAAGACAUCUGCACUCUGCCAAAAGAAAGCGGGCCCUGCAUGGCUCUGUUCCGUCGUUGGUGGUACAGUAAGAACAAUAACACCUGCUAUGGCUUCGUGUAUGGCGGCUGCCAGGGAAACAACAACAACUUCCAGACCAAGAGCAUCUGCCAAAAUGCCUGCCAACAAAAAACGCUUGGAUUCCUGAACGGAUAAAGAUACAUGGGGACAACCGCCAGGAUUUGGCUCCAGCUCCAGGCUCUGUGCACCUGAGAUGCUCUAGGUUGACCCCCACUGUUCCCCGCUCAGCUCAGCUCAGCCCCCCAACUGUUCCGCUCUGCUCAGGGCGGCAAGGCCUUAGAGCUUCCCAACUGUGAACCCCAGGAUCUGCCUCCUCCCUCUUCCUCUGUGGCCACCUCUUUUUAUGCAUAAUUCCUUCCUCGUGGAUUCCAUCUCUCUGCCUCACCCCAUCAUCUCUAACUUCCAGAAAUCCCUGUUUGCUCCUAUGCAGCUCCCAAUUUGUUUUCAAUA